AUGGAGUUCCCGAAGUCAGGAUGGCACAAAGCAGGAUAUGUUGCUGUCUGUUUGGUGAAUGUCAUAGCAGCAGCUGUGCUCUUUCACAGGGAGGCUGACCUUAACUGUCAUGCGAAACUGCACUCACCAAAUGUGAAGAACUACUCGUUUUGGUGUCUGCAGCUGGCUAGUUGUGGAGCUGGCUGUGCAGCAGUUUUUUUGGGAAAGAGGGCUGGCGCUUCAGAUCAGGGCAGAACAGCUUGUGCCAUUGGCAUCAUCAACUGGCUGGAAUCUCUGGUGGCUUCCAUGGCUUUGUCUCUCAAAACGCUUCACUGCAGAUGGCCGGGCUUACCAGAGGCUUUUGACCCAAUCAUCCUGUGCAGCCUGCUGGUGCUAUUUGGGGCCUGCGCAUUCGCGAUUAACGUGGCAAUAAGGCAUCGACUGAAAUGCUUGCAGCAAACCUCGCAACGGCACUGUUGCUUCUGCUGUCUUAGCUCCCUCCGAGCAGUUGCUUUUGGCGCUCCGACUGCAUUUGUCGUUGUGAGUUGGCUUGUGGGUUCAAAGUUGGGCAAGACAGAGGGAAGUUUCAUACAAAUGGUGGUGGAGCUGGUCCAACUUGCUUGGGGUUGCCGCUUGGUGAUGGGUGCGCUGGCCGUCGGAGCCUUUGCCCGUGCCUUCUGGCUGUUGCAUGGGGUCUUGCGCCUCGCGGAUGUCAGCGACAUGCCAGCCACUGCCAGAUCUCACUUGAUAAGAGCUCGGAGGCUUGUUGCUCUGCAGGUGGUGGGUCUAUCUUUUAGCCUCGUGCUGACUGCUCUGGCAUUCCCGGCCAUACUUACCAGUUGUUUGCUCUACACAUCGGUGUUUCAAAUGACUGCACGCCACCGGUUUGACUUGUGGUUUUCGAUCGGGCGUUUUGAGGCUGGCUUUAGCUCCGAACCGAUGGGGGGGCCAAUUUAUCGUCCAUCAAUGCUAGUUCUCCUUCAAGCCGCUGAUGUGCUAGCGAAUGCCAUUGCUACCCUGCUCCUGUCUGGCAGUCACAGGGUGGUAUCAGAAAGCAGAAAGUCUUCUUGCACAUGCCCCUCAGCCGUCGCGGAUGAGCAUGAUCCCAAAACACUGGCAGUGGAAAGCGAAUGGGGUCCCGAAUGGAAAGCAAAGGUUGAAGAACUGUCUUUGAGGGGCAUGACGUUGUGCAGCCUGUUGGAUUUCUAUCAGGAGCACCUCUGCGCCAUGCCAGACUGGCAGUACGUUCCUGCGGAACACAAGACCAGAGACGUGGUUCGCAGGUCAAUCAUUCCUCUCACUAGCACUGGCGAAUGUGCAUAUGCAGCCUCAGCACUGAAUAGAGACGGUGCUCGAAGGCCCCAUGUCAUGGUGACGCACAGUUGGGGGAACUGCUUUCGCGAUCUGCUAGCAGCCAUCAUCUCUGAUGCCUUGAAGGAAAACAGCUUUGGCUUGGCAGCGAACUUGCUGGAGGAAGAUCCUGCUUUCCUGCGUGAGAUCCUAGCAAGUUGCAGCUGUCUCGAUGACACGUAUUGGAUUUGCGCAUUUGCAGUGAACCAGCAUAUGAGUAUAUGCCACAGCAAUCCUUACGACCGCGAUCCUCUCACCAAUGAACUGCACCGCGUAUGCCACUGCAGCUGCGUGAACAUCAUAGACCCGGACGGCCGAAGCUCCAGUUCGGAGAUCAACAAGUUUGAUGACAUGAUGUACCACCUUUCCAGUGUAGGAGGCUGCAGGCAAGUCAUUGCAGUUGACCAAGCUUGUGAUUUGUUUCAGCGAGCAUGGUGUGUCGCCGAAAUAGCAGAAGCCAAGCGUCUGCGACUGAAUCAGGUAUUGAAGCUGAAAUCUAGGGCCACUGUCAGGCAACAUGAGCACGCUCUACAGAACUUGGAUGUUCGGAGCAUGAAUGCAUCUUCUGAAACGGACAAAGCACUCAUUCUCAACAAAAUAGCUCAAACUAACAGGAUCGACCAGUUCAACAAAGAACUGCAAUUGCUCAUUCUUGACCCGAAGACCGGUCUCCUGGCAUCCUGGCAUGCCAUGGACAGUCUGCAACAGAUUGCAGAAGCCGGCCGGCUAAUUCGAUGGGGGCUUGCUGAUGCAGGCACUGGGAAAGUGUGGAAAGCAUGGGAAACCCACGAAUGA